UCCACACGGCGCCGCAGCGGUCCACACACAGCGUGCACGGCAGCGGCCAUCGCGGGUCUCAGACCAUGGGAGAACCACCAUCCACCACCUCUGCAUUCGUUUUUCUGUCGACGAUGACAGGUCCUGCAAUCAGCACCCGCUGGUGCUGGAGACUGCGGCGACGACAGCCGGCGACGGCCUUUUUGCUGCAACUGGGCAUCCCAGGGCUGGAACCGAUGCCCCACGCUGCUUCAACCGUCGUAAGGUCUUCACGCCGUGGAGACGGACGGCGGGCUGCGGAUGACCCUUUUUUUGCUGCAACAGGCCAUCUAUUUGCUGGAACCGGCAUCUAUUUUUGCUGCCAUCGGCCCUGCGAUUUGCUGGAACCAAAGGCGCCCUCGCCGCCGACGAGUGUUUUUGCUGGAACCAGUAUGACGGGCGCCAGGGACGCCAGUGGAAAUUUCAGCCCCAACCGCUUCCCUCACAGCCGGCGCCAUGGCCUUCCGAGCUUGAUUCUGGCCAAAUCUCGCCGCCGCCGUAUGCGCUCGCUGUCGACGGACUCGCCGCUGGCCACCGGCACAGCAGCAAAGCUAGCUAGCCCGCAUACGUGAUUUGCUAGCUAGCUAGCACGAGCGGGGCGCCAGCAGGAGCUCGGCCACGUCCGACGAAGUGCGCGCCAAUAGCGGCAUCGGCGGCCGGAGCAUGCGCCGUUGCAUUGGAGCGGCCUUGAUCCAAUUGUAAUCUAUAUUUCGUUUUAGGAUGUUUUGUGCUAUUUUCUAGGAACCUUAUUGUGAAUGCAACUACUGAUAAAUGGGCUCCACGGCUGACAUUAAAGAUUUUUACAGGAUCAA